AUGGGACAAGUUCAGAGUGUUAAGUUUGGGCCAGUUAAGAAUGUCAAGUUUGAACCAACUGAGCGCGUUACAGACAUGCCUUUUGUGGGGACGAGAAAACCUUUUAUGCAUUCUAGUCGGAGACAAUCUAGUGCUAUCAUAUGUGCUACUGCUUUGGAAAGCUCUCUCCAAGCACUGACGUCGUCAACUCACCUCAAUCAUCGUGAUCUGAAAGCUAGCAACAUACUUUUAGAUAGCCAAAUGAGCCCAAAAAUUUCAGAAUUUGGCAUGGCAAAGAUCUGUGGAGUUGAUCAAAGUCAAGGCAACACCAGUAGGAUUGUUGGAACAUAUGAUUACAUGUCUCCGGAAUAUGCAUAUUAUGAACAAUUCUCUCUCAAGUCUGAUGUGUAUAGCUUUGGCAUCUUAGUUAUUGAGAUUGUCACCGGCAAGAAGUGCACUAGAUUCUUCGACUCAGAGGGCUCCGAUCGAGCACCUCUUGAGUUAUGCUUGGAAACAUUUGAGGGAAGGGACGCCAUUGGAGUUGUUAGUUCACUAGAUAUUGUCGUUUGUAACUAA